AUGAGUAGUUAGAUUUUAGAAAGACCAGAUAUUUAAGGAGUAUGUCUUUAGUAUGAUAAUCUGAAACCUAAAUUUAAUUCAACUACAGAUAACUUUAUAUAAGUUAUAUAAUGUAGCAAUAUAAGUAAUGAAAGUCAAGACAAUUAAAAUUUCAGCUAAUAAAACUAAUUGCAGAUAUUUAGCAACUCAUUAAUCAAUGAUCAUUAAACCCAAUAAUUGGUUAACUAGAACGCACAAGUUUGCCAUGAACUUCGAUCAGAUUCAACUAACUCUAUUCACUUAUCAAACAGAUAAGCUAGUCCUUCUAAUAAGCAAUGCUACUAACAAAUAACUCCUCCUUAACAGCGCCAUUAUUAAGGAGAUGAUAAUAGUGAUUCUCUUAACAGAAGCUCUAAUACUAAAGUAAAUAAAGGAGAUGAUCUUCUUGAGUUUGAGCUUUUAGAAUAGCAAGUAAAUAACAUGGAUCCUGAAAAUAUAAAAACUGGGUAAGAAACAUAUCUAAAUUAUUAAAGCUUAAAAUGUAAUUCAAAAGACAAUAUUUUGAGCAAUAAUACUGAUUUAACUGCUUAAGAAAUUCUGAUUGCUGCAAAAACUCCUUAACCUUGUGUCAGUUAAGUAUCUGAUAAGUAAAUAAAAAUGAAACCUAACUUAAAAAAGAACUAUAUGUCUCUUGAGUAGUUAUAAAUGAAAUGCAAUAUUUCUGGAAAAAAUAAUGACUUGUAUAAUAUAAAUUCUACAGAUAACAAACACUUUAACUAAAGGGAUGUUUCAAAUAUUGUUAAACUUAACACUAUUUCUGAUGCUACUGAUUGUUCUGAUAUUUUUAACAGAUAUAAUUUAGCCAAUUCAGAAUCUAUUGAUCAUUAAACUGAUUCUUUAUAAUUGCUCCUUGAAAGAGCUUUUUAAAGUAAGCUAAAAUAUGAUUAACUAAAUGCAAACGAUUAAAAUGCUCCUCAAAGUAUGCUAAAGCCUCCUACCCCAAUUUAACUUGAAAAGUAGAUCUUAAGUACACUUCCUCCUCCAUCUCCGAUAAAUGUCUAAAAUUACUCUUCAAACAAUAUAAACAAAUAAAAUAUAAAAGAUUCUAAUUCUAAAAUCUAAAUUCAGUUCUCUAAUAUUUUAGACUCCCUCAAAAAAACCAAUUCUUCCACCACUAUAGGAUCUCAUACAGCAGGAAGUAAAUCAAAUUCUCAAUAAAAUUGUUCUAUAGUUCAUUCAAAAAGUGGAAAUAAAACCCCAUCUUCAAAUCAAACUAUUGUUUUAUAUUAAAACGAUAACUACGAAAAAAUCAAUAUUGACGACUAAUCUGACCCUGAUAAUAAUAAAUUUUAGGAUUAACCAAAUACUAAGCAAGUCUUAUCCUUAAAUAAGUUGUUUGCUUAUAACGAACAGAAUAAUUAAAAUAUUGAAGGAAAUGCACAUUUUUAAAAAUAAAAUAAUUCUAACUAGAAAGGAUAGAUUAUUAAGAGCUUAAGCCAUGCUAAUUUACAAAAAGGGAAUUAGUAAAGAAGUAUAUCUCUCUCAAAUGCCUAAGAUUAUGCUAAAAUUUUAAAUAGAAGAAGAAGCAGCAGAAUGUCUUCUAAAGAAAGUGUGGAAUCCAAUAACGAAAGAGCCAAAUCAUAAAUCUCAAAAGAAGUUUAAUAAUUGAAUAAAUUUUUUACAAAUAAUAUUGACUCCAACGAGAAUGAAGAAUUGAAUACUUAUGCUAGAAGCAUGAGCAAUACUAAGCUUAGCAGUAAAAGCACAAGCACUUUGUUUAGACUUAAUUAGGAUUUUGAGAGGAGGAGAGCAAUUCAGUAAGAACAAAUAAAAUAAAAAGAAAUGAAAAGCAAAAAAUCUAUUGAAGAAUCAAAUAAAUAGAAUAUUUCAAGAGGGAAAUUAUCUAAAGAUUAGGAAGCAAAUUUGGUCAAUAAAUUAUUUAGCGAUGCAAAUAGGAGGUAAAAUAUUUAAGUCUUGCAGUAAAAAAUGAAAAAAAUUGAAGAAGAGUAAAGAGAGUAAAAAUCUUUAGAAGCCUAGAGAGAAAGCAUAAUGAAGAGAAAUAGCAGUAAUCAUAAUGGUACAUUGUAUGCAAAUGUCUAAAGUAAAAUAAAAUCUAUUAUAAAUCCUAAAUCUCAGAUAUAAAACUUCGAGGAAAAUUUAAAUUCAAAUAGUUUACAGCGUACUCAAACUACUGUAAUCAAGCAUAGCUAUUCUAAAAAGAAUCAAAAUAGAACUAUCUCACCUAUUUUAAAAAGGACUUAAAAUCCUUUACAAAAAAGUGACUCUUAAGCUCACUUAAAUAAAACUUAGAUUGCUCUUUAGCAAUUUUAGAAUAAUGAAAAAUUCGAAGAAGAAUAAAAUAAUUUGGUUAAAAAUAACAUUCAAAUGCACACAAAAUCAACAAAUUUCAUUGAAAAUCUUUAAUUUUAAUUCUACACUCCUUCUAAACCUCUGGUAAGCCAAAAUCAUAUUGCCACUAUUUCUAAGAAUUAGGCUAAGGAGUCUGAAAAAGCUAAGAAUUAUACUUAAUAGUAACUUAAUCACACUAAUAAUUCAAAAUCAUCAUAUUUAAAACAACUUUCUAGUUCUAAGCAUAAAUUAGAAAAUUAACAAAAAUAGUGUGACUAAAAUAUACCAAUUUAAUAGCAUUCUAAUCAAUAAUAUCUAGAUUCUUAAAAUUAUGCUCCAACAUCAGUAGCAUCAAUAAAAAAACACUUGAAAAACUCAAAAUCAACUAUUAAAUCAAGCUAUGAAAGCUAAAUUGAUCAAAAUAAUAGUACUUCUAAAAUUAGUUUGUCUGCAAAUAAGUAAUCAAAAUCAAGUAAUAGAUCUCUAUCAAAGAAACCUAAAAUCACUAUCAACAUCGAAGAGGAAGAAGAUAGUAUAAAUUAAAACUAAGAUUUGCAAAACAUAAAUAUGAUAAGUGGACUUAAAAAUAUAUCUUUAUUAACACCUCAAUAACAGAAUAUGAUGAUGAAUUUAAAUCAAAACAGUACAAGUAGCUGCCAAAAUAACUCCUAAAUGUAAAAUGGUUAGUAUGUUAGUAUGAAAUGUACAAAUAGCUUUUUUAGAGAAAAGAAUCCAUCAACCUUAGCUUCUACUAAUUAAAAUUUUAUCAAGCUAAAUAGACAGAUGUAAUACAAAUAUAUGUCAAAUAAUGGAAAUUAAACUUCUAAGAAUUCUUCUGUCAACCAAAGUCAAUAAUAAAGCAUGAAAAAUUCAAUAUUAUUUCCUUGCAAAACACCAAAUAACUAGGCUAACAAUGGAUUAAAUUCUAAUAAUAAAAAAUCAAUGUUUUCAUUUGUUAAUCAAUCUGAAACAUCGAUGGAUGAUCAACAAUUUUAGCAAAGCAGAUAAAGUAAUCUAGAUACUAUUAAAAUAAAUUUAGCUCAGAAUAAGGCUCAAAUUGUUGAUAAUUAACAAUUGUCAAAUAAGAAAAAUAAUUUCUUUACAGAAAAUCAACUUCAAAACAAUUAAACUUAAUAGCCUUAACAAAAAUAAGAAAAAGUAGAUGAAAUAAAUAAAUUCAUUACAGAGAAUCCCAAUUUCAUAUAAUUUAUGAUAUAAUAAUAUAACUUGAUGCAGUAAUCCUCUUAAGUAAAUCCUUAUUAAGUUCAUUCAAAUAACUUUUAGCAAAACAAUAUGUGCUACCAAUAAUAAGCACAGUAAUAAUAUUUAAGUAAUAAUAACAAUACUAUUUUCCAUAACAAAGAGUAAAGUGUAUAAUAAAAUAAAAUUUUAACUGUGGAUGAUUUACUUGAGCUAGAUACACUUAAUAACUAUAACACAAGCUAAAUCUCAUCCUUGAACUAAAUUAAAACAUCAUAAAAUAUAUUCCCUUUUAGUCAAUAACCAUAAUAAAAAUCAUAGUAUUAAUUGAUUUCUAUGUCUGAAAUAGAUUAAACCCCAAGCAAUAUAUAAUAAUAAGCUGUUUUUGACAAUUAUUAAUAAAUUCAGUAAAGCUGUUAAUAAUUGUAGCCAAAUUAACAAUAAUUAAAUCAAUUUUAAAAAUAAUAAAUGCCUUUAAAUGGCAUACUUGAAGACUCUUAUCUUUUUGGCAGUUUUUAAAAUGUUACAAAUAACGGCUUAAAAUAAAAUAAAAAUUUAUCAUAUAAUGAUGUUAAAAGUUAAAUUCAAUAUUAAUCAGCUAGUGGAAAUAGCCUCGAACUGCAUGAUAAUGAACUUAUAGAAUAAAAUUUUUAAUCAGCAAAUACCUUAAAUCCAAUUUUUAAAAGUUCAAAUACUAUUCCAAGUAGCAAUUAUAUUGGAAAUAAUAUUAGUAACAAUAGCACUAUUGAAUAACACUUUUCUAAUUUAACAUACCUCCAAAAAUCUAAUUAAUAAUUUUCACAGUUUAAUUGA